AUUCAAUGAAGCUGUAAGCCCCAAAACGAGUGGGAAUACGUAGAAACGUACCCAUUCUUCUCUUCUCCGUUCUUUUGUUUUUUCUCGUCUGAUCUCAUCUGUCCUUGUGCUCCUCUGUUUUUUUCGUUUUAGACACGACACCCCCUCUCCCUUUACCGCGUUUUUGUUGAUAUUUUCUACGUUUUAUCUUCUCUGCCUCUCUUUCACACCUGGGUUUUUCCUCUUCUUAUUUGAUUUCUGAGUCAUCUCUUGUUUUUGUUGCAGUUCCAUCUCUUUCAUUGUCUGGGUCUGUUGUCAACUUCAUCUGGGUUUGGUCUUGGUUUCUCUUGUUUUUGUUCCCUUUGCUCUGAGUUGUAAUCUGGGUGUCUCUUGUUUGCUUCAUUUUCUAUAUAGUCACCCUGUCUUCCUUCAUUUUCUUCCUGGGUUUUCAUUUCAGCUCGGACUUCCCCUUCAUUUUCCAUCUGGGUUUUCAUAUAAUCUCUAGCUUUUCUGGUAUCUAGUCUGCUGGGGUUGGGUCAUUAUUUUUAACAUAUUUGUUUUCCUCGAUCCCCUCCUUUUCCAUCUGGGUUUUCACUUCCCUUCUAUUUCCUCUCUUCUUGGUCUCUCUCUCUCUCUGAAAUUCAGAUGCGGACACAGUUAGUUGGUUGAAUUUUUUGAAGAUGAGUUGAGAGAGAAGCGACACCAUUUCUGCAGCAGCUUCAAACUUGGAGAAUUGUAUUGAAAUCUGAAAAAAAAAAAAAUGAAGUGUUUUUUGUACUUUAGGGACAAAUCCAAGUCCAAGCAAUCAAAAUCAGCACCAGAAUUGAAAAACCAAAAUAAAUCGGAUACUUCAUCGGCAUCGAGGACGACAAAAUCAGCAGGUUCUACGGCAUCGCCAAGGAGCUUACCUGAAUUGUACAGAGAGAAGGGUCAGGAUUUGAGAGUUUUUUCUUUACCAGAGCUUAGAGAUGCAACAAAUGGUUUCAACAGGUUGUUAAAGAUUGGAGAAGGUGGGUUUGGGAAUGUAUAUAAAGGUACAAUCAGCCCAGCCGAUGGUCAGGGUAAUCCCACUGUGGUUGCUAUUAAGAAGCUUAAUCAGCAAGGUUUUCAGGGUCAUAAGGAAUGGCUUGCAGAAGUUCGAUUUCUCGCAGUUGUCAGUCACCCGAACCUUGUAAAACUUUUAGGGUACUGUUCUGUAGAUGGAGAAAGAGGGAUUCAACGGUUAUUGGUAUACGAGUACAUGCCUAAUAAAAGCUUAGAGAAUCAUCUUUUCAACAGGACAAUGUCCACUCUUCCUUGGAAAAUGAGACUACAAAUUAUUCUCGGUGCAGCUGAAGGAUUGGCUUAUCUGCAUGAGGGACUAGAAAUCCAGGGCAAAGACAACGGGCGCAGGAAGCAUAUCCCAGUUAUAUAUCGAGAUUUUAAAUCCUCAAAUGUGCUCUUGGAUGAGAACUUCAACCCAAAGCUUUCAGACUUUGGGCUUGCUAGGGAGGGGCCAACGGGUGACCAUACUCAUGUAUCCACAGCAGUUGUUGGGACACAAGGAUAUGCAGCCCCAGAAUAUAUUGAAACUGGUCAUCUCACUGUCAAGAGUGAUAUAUGGAGUUUCGGUGUGGUGCUUUAUGAGAUCCUGACAGGCAGGAGAACAGUGGAAAGAAACCGCCCACAGUCAGAACAGAAGCUCCUAGAUUGGGUAAAACAGUUCCCAGCUGACGGCAAAAGAUUCAGCAUGAUAAUUGACCCACGGCUCAGAGACCAGUAUUCUCUCAUUGCAGCGCGGAGAGUUGCUAUGUUGGCUAACAGUUGCCUUCACAAGAAUCCAAAAGAUCGACCAACAAUGAGGGAGGUGGUAGAAAGCUUGAAGCAAGCAAUACAAGAAUCAGAAGAUGGAAACCCCUCUGAUAGGAAUCGGCCUGAGUCAUCCCAUAGUAACAUGGCUAACUCCGAUAGACGGAAAGAUAAAAUGGGAGCCACUGGUACCAGUACAUCAAAAAAGAAGAUACCCCCCAUGCUUCAGCCAACCAAAAAAUCCAUUGUGGUCUAAAUGCUUGGAUUUCAAAGAGCAAUGGCACCCCAUCCAGAGUACAAACAUCCCAGUAAAUGUAGCUUUCUUCAGGUCUGAAUUGCCCAGAUGAUUAUGCUGGAGUGAUCGAAUUACGAAUUAGCUGAGCUUUGUCAAAAAAUGAACCCGAUAUAGAGAAUGGUUUGGAAUGGUCUAUAUAGCCAAUGUAUGAGCUUUGUUUUGACAAAAUGUAUCAUUGUUUUGAACUGCAAUUUAGUGGAAAUUUUCUUAAUUCUUUUCAACUGCAAAA